GGGAAGUUAGCUGAGCCCGCUCUCGUUCACAGCAACGAAAAUGGAGAAGAUCUGCGUCGCCGUUCGAGUUCGUCCUCCGGUUUCCGGCGACUCCUCCGCCGGAAGCUUCUGGAAGGUCGAAGAGAACCGCAUCUCUCUUCACAGGAUCCAUGGCACUCCACUCCCUCCCGCUUCUUAUGCUUUCGAUCAUAUAUUCGAUGAAAAUAGCACGAACACGAGUGUCUAUGAACACCUCACCAAAGAUAUCAUCCUCGCUGCGCUUAAUGGCUUCAACGGAACUGCAUUUGCUUAUGGGCAGACUAGUAGUGGGAAGACUUUCACUAUGAAUGGUUCUGAAGCUGACCCAGGGGUGAUUCCUCGUGCGGUCGAAGAUGUGUUUGCGAAAAUUGAGACGAUGACUGAUCGAGAGUUUCUGAUUCGUGUUUCCUACAUGGAGAUCUAUAAUGAGGAAAUUAAUGAUCUUCUUGUUGUUGAAAAUCAGAAAUUGCAAAUUCAUGAGAGUUUGGAGCGUGGAGUAUUUGUUGCAGGGCUUCGAGAGGAAAUUGUCAGUAAUGCAGAACAAGUGCUAAACCUCAUUCAAGCAGGGGAAGUUAACAGGCACUUUGGGGAGACAAAUAUGAACGUAAGGAGUAGCAGAUCGCAUACAAUAUUUAGAAUGGUGAUUGAAAGCAAAGGGAAGGAGGAUGCCAAUUCUUCCAAUGAUUGUUCAGUUAGUGAUAUUGUUCGAGUUUCAGUCUUGAAUUUAGUUGAUCUAGCUGGCUCUGAGAGGAUUGCAAAGACUGGAGCUGAUGGAGUACGUUUAAAAGAAGGAAAGUACAUUAACAAGAGCUUGAUGGUUCUGGGAAAUGUUAUUAACAAACUAAGUGAAGGUUCAAAGCAAAGGGGGCAUAUCCCGUAUCGUGAUAGUAAAUUAACUCGCAUACUCCAACCUGCUCUUGGUGGUAAUGCCAAAACGUCCAUUAUUUGCACGGUAGCACCAGAAGAGGUCCACAUUGAAGAAACAAAGGGAACUCUUCAGUUUGCUAGUAGGGCCAAGCGCAUCACGAAUUGUGUUCAAGUGAAUGAGAUUUUGACAGAUGCAGCCUUGUUAAAGAGGCAACAAUUAGAGAUAGAAGAUCUACGUAAAAAACUUCAGGGUUCCCAUGCUGGGGUUCUCGAGCAAGAGAUUCUUAAACUCAGGAACGAUUUGCUCAAGUAUGAAAUGGAGCGUGGGAAGCUUGAAAUGGAACUGGAAGAGGAGAGGAAGUCUCGUGAUCAGUUGAUUAGAGAGCAACGGAUGAAAAUUGAAAAUUCCAGAUCUAGUACUAUAUCUUUUUCAGACUCUGGAAUGAACGACAGUCAGGGAACUGGAUCUUUGAGUCACAGAUUUACAGAAGAGUUCAGUGAAAUUAAUAGUACAUCACAAGGAGAUAUUUUUAGAUCUCCCUGUUUGAAGACACCUCCCAGUACUUUUGUUGCCAGGCGACCAAAGAAUUCAACUUUGCCAGAUUUUAGCCCUCCACCAGUUGCUUUCAGCAAUGUGGCUGAUGAAGAUAUGUGGUUGAAAAUGAACAAUGGUUACGUUGCGGAUCUUGAUUCACUUCAAACUACUCCCUUUCGAAAAGUUCAAUCAUUCCCAGCAAGUGAAACAACUCCGGGUUGUAUAAAUCAAAUUGAGAAGUAUGAACGAGAGGUUCAAGAUUUGAGGAGACAACUGGAACUUGCUAAUGAAAAGAUAAAUGAACUGGAGAGAAAGCAUUCAGAGGAAGUACCAUCAAACAAGCAAUUAAUCGGUGAGAGACCUGAACAUCAACAAGAAACACAACUAAUUCAAGAAUUGCCUCUAAGAUUAUCUGAAUCUGUGGAAAACUUCAAAGAUAGCUUUGAGGAGGUUUUAUCAGUAAUGCAGAAAAUUGCAUCUGGUGGCAAAUUGUCUACUGCGAAGAUGCUUUCAACCAUGAGUGAAGUUGGUGCACAGCUUUUUGAAACUUUGGAAGCUAACUGUAGAAUGAGUACGAACAGUGAAAGGAGGUCUUCCACGGGGAACCAUGCUUUAAUCCAUGAACAGAAGAAAGACUUUCAUGAGAGGAUGAAUAAUAUAAUUACAUCACUGGAGAUAUCAGAGAACUCAACAACAAGAGAGCAAGAGACAAAUUCUUCGUGCAGCUGUGAAUACAAGGUCUCUGAUUUGGGAGGAGAAACUGCUUACUCAAAGAAUGAUUUAACUGAAAGAUGUGAAAGCCUAGAAAGGGAGUUACUACUUUUGAAGGAUGAAAGAGACUCUUUGCUGCUGAAGUUCUCUGAAUCAUCUGAGAAACUUGCAAUGGUUUCAAGGCAAAAGGAAAAGGCUUUGAAAGAUUUAUAUACUGAAGUUCAGAGAAGGGAAAAUCUAGAAGGGGAGGUUAAGCAGUUUUCUGCAGCUUUCGCCUGUCGUCAGAAAUCACUCAUUUCAUUCCAGAGUGAAGUUAAGACCAAAUUUGAGAAAUUGAGAGCUCAGACACCAAUUCCAGUGCCCAAUUCUUUUGGUUAUUAGGACUAUUGUAUGUUAUAAACCUUGAAUAGCUUAGUGUGUUAUGUUGUUAAUGUAUUAACACUAAAUUAAAUUUAUUACAUUAUUCCACAUCGCUUUAGUUGAAAACUCUCAUUUGUAUGAGUUAAUUGAUUGAUGACACAAGGUAGGUAUGCCUUCUCUUUUAUGAAAAUUGAUGGAUGAACACAAAUCAGAGUUAAUUUAACUCUGAUUUUUAAUAA